ACCUUGCGUCCGCGACCGCGCAAAGCGCGCGCGCUUAAAAUAGACCCGGGGAGAUUGACGUUAAUUGAAAAUAAGAAAAACGCAAGAAGAGCCGAUCGCCGUUCACACGGCUCGACGAGGAAAAAGGGGGCAUGUUGGAUGGUGGAAACGAUGAGAUACGAGAUUAUUACAGCGUUUGCUCGGAUGCGAUACCGGCUGAGCGUUUCGGCAGGUUUGUGCUAAAUGGCUCUGUGUGCUGGAAAAACCAAUAUGGAGCCCUUAAUAGUGCACACCUGGCUGCGGCGAUGCCCACUGGAUCUUCCUGAGUGCGUGGCAUAUGCUUGUUUUUGAGUGCUACAUUGUCAUUGUGUCAAAGCCGAGAGUGUCAUUGAGCUACAGACAGAGUUUUACCAGUGUGUGUGUUUUUUGUGCGCCGUAAAGAGGGAUGAUGAUCCACACACAGUCAGCAGCUCGCCUGGCGCUCACCCGCCUGCCCUGCCGGCCUUUGAACUGCGCUCUCCGCUGGCUGCUCGUGUGGUUGAUGUGGUCAAUCUCUGUGGCAUCAGCGCUGACCUACCAGCCCACAGUAAACACAGCUCUUGGCAGACUGAGGGGGAUGCGGGUCGCUGUGGCCACGGAGGGUCUGGGCCCUGUGGAUCAGUAUCUGGGUGUGCCUUACGCCGCUCCGCCUGUGGGAGAGAAGCGCUUUAUGCCGCCCGAUGCUCCAUCUGCCUGGUCCGGUGUGAGGAACGCCACACGCUUUCCUCCCGUUUGCCCACAGACCGUUCGGAACGCGGUGCCAGACAUAAUGAUGCCCGUCUGGGCCACCUAUAAUAUGGACACAGUCGCCACGUACCUGCAGGAGCAGAGCGAGGACUGUCUGUACAUGAAUAUCUACGUGCCAACACAAAGUGGUACAAAGAGAACAGGCGACAUGUCAGCUGACACCGAGCGCACAGAGGAUGAUGGGCUUAGGGAUUCUCGAGACGACCCUCGUCCUGUGAUGUUAUUUAUUCAUGGUGGCUCGUACAUGGAGGGCACGGGGAAUAUUAUGGACGGUAGUGUGCUGGCCAGCUAUGGCAACGUCAUCGUCAUAACCCUCAACUACAGGGUGGGAAUAUUAGGAUUUUUAAGCACAGGUGAUCAGGCGGCUAAAGGGAAUUAUGGUCUCUUGGAUCAGAUUCAGGCUCUCCGCUGGAUCAACAAGAAUAUUGGAUAUUUUGGUGGUGAUCCGGGCCGCGUGACCGUGUUUGGCUCAGGAAUUGGAGCGUCCUGUGUCAGUUUGCUCACUCUGUCGCACCAUUCUGAAGGUUUGUUCCACAGAGCAAUCAUUCAGAGUGGCUCCGCUCUGUCCAGCUGGUCAGUGAACUAUCAGCCUGUGAAAUACACACGUCUCCUCGCUGAGCGCGUCGGCUGUAAUGUCCUUGACACACAAGACCUGGUCCUCUGCAUGCAGAAGCGCAGCUACAGGGAGCUGGUGGAGCAGGAAAUCCAGCCUGCGCGCUUUCAUGUGGCUUUUGGUCCAGUCAUCGAUGGCGACCUCAUCCCAGAUGAUCCCGAAGUGCUGAUGGAGCAGGGGGAGUUCCUCAACUAUGACAUCAUGUUGGGUGUCAACCAGGGGGAGGGUUUCCGCUUCGUGGAGGGCGUGGUGGAACCAGAAGAGGGCGGAGUUUCUGGCUCCGAUUUUGACUUCACUGUGUCUGAUUUUGUGGACAGUCUCUAUGGUUAUCCAGAAGGGAAGGACACUCUCAGAGAGACCAUAAAGUUCAUGUACACUGACUGGGCUGAUCGAGACAAUCCCGAGACGCGGCGGAAAACCCUCGUGGCCAUGUUUACAGAUCAUCAGUGGGUGGAGCCAGCCGUGGUGACGGCCGACCUGCAUGCACGUUAUGGUUCUCCGACCUUCUUCUAUGCCUUCUACCAUCACUGCCAGAGCCCUAUGAAGCCCCCAUGGGCCGACUCCGCACACGGUGAUGAGCUGCCCUACGUUUUUGGUGUUCCGCUUAUCGGUCCGACAGAACUCUUUCCCUGCAACUUCUCCCGUAAUGAUAUCAUGCUGAGUGCUGUCGUCAUGACCUACUGGACCAACUUUGCAAAGACCGGGGAUCCGAACAAGCCAGUUCCUCAGGACACCAAAUUCAUCCACACCAAGGCAAACCGUUUUGAAGAAGUGACAUGGGCCAAGUAUGGUCCUCAUGACCAACUCUACCUGCAUAUUGGGCUGAAGCCUCGUGUUCGAGAUCACUACCGGGCAACUAAAGUGGCCUUCUGGAAGCACCUGGUACCUCACCUGUACAACCUGCAUGAUAUGUUCCACUACACGUCCACUACCACACGGGUUCCACCUCUUCUGACCACACACAGCUCUCACAGUGCCACGCCACGCCCAGGGGGCAACAAGGCCCGUACUUCUGGUAAACAAACCCCCCAGUCGACAGCCCGCAGUGGGCCACUAGUCAUUGCCAAUCCUCGUGAUUACUCCACAGAGUUAAGUGUCACGAUCGCCGUCGGAGCUUCUCUUCUGUUCCUCAAUGUCCUGGCCUUUGCUGCACUCUACUACCGCAAAGACAAGCGGAGUCGGCAAGACACACCUCCUCAGGCCGCCCCUCAGCGCCAAACCCCACCUAUUGACCUCAACUACGCGCCCACUUCCAUCUCAGGGGGGAAUCAAGAGGAGUUGUCACUGUGUGACCCCCUGCGUUUGACCCCAGCCUCAUCUCCACGGGAUUACGCUCUUACACUCCGCCGCUCACCAGAUGAUAUCCCGCUUAUGACGCCAAGUUCUGUCGCCAUGACCCCGAAUAGUGGCACUAUGACACCCAACACUGUAACCUUGACGCCCAACAGUGUUACCAUGACCCCCAACACCAUCACCAUGUCACCCAAUUCUUUGAUGGGAUAUCCCAGCAUGCACCCUUACAAUACCUUCACACACGGAUACAACUCCACCACCCUGCCUCACCCACACUCGACAACACGUGUAUAACAUGCGACACUUCGACACUAGCAUCCCACAGAUCCUUACAACACAAUCACAGCGACUGAUUACUGUAAACCAUAUCGAACAGUGCAAACUGUUUAGCAGUGUUUGAAAGUACAAUAGCAGGUGAAACCAAUACAAAAUACAUGAGCACAAUCACCUCCGAAUUACGGCACUAAUAUGAAACAGUAUGACUGUUGGAAUAAACCAUGUAAACCAGAAGGAAAUAUCACUAGCAAAAACACGGCUCGGUUGGAUUGGUAAAGAACUUCCCGUGACAACAUUCUGGAGAGAUAAGCUUGUGUGUGAGCAGUUCUCUGUGGACAGACAGAACGACGAGAUUCCCUGAGGCUGAGCUGCAGUACCGCUGCCGCCUCCAGGUGGUGCUGCAAGACUCUUAAAACCCUGAAGGUGUUUUGAUCCGUGUUUUGAACAGUAGGGGGCGCUGGAGUCCCAUCAGUGGUUCAACAUAACGAACCAAGCAAGCACUUAUUCUAAAAUAUGUAAUAAUAAUAAUAAUAAUAAUAACCUGUAAUAACAAACAUAUUAAUGGCUAUUGUACAGUAUAACAUAUAUUAACGUCAAUGUACAGACAGCUUUUUUGAAUGUGUCAGAAAAAAAAAUAUUUCUAAUCGUUUUUAAACUCAGAUUAUAUCCAUAGCAGAGAAGGUCAUUUUGAAGCCCAGAUUGGUUUUGAAUCCUUUCUUUCUUUCUUUAUAAUCGCAACAAAUGUUCUAUUUUAUACCACAUUUCUCUCUCGCUGUCUUUCUUUUUCCUCCCUCUUUCUCUCUAGGAACGGGUGAAAUGUGUACGUUACUUUUUGGUAUAAUCGAUUAAUUUAGUUGUAGAUUACGCAAACAGAGAGUAUUUUAAAGAACACAGAGUGUGAAGAUUAUUCAUGAGCGAGAUUUUCAAGUUAAGCAUCUUUAGGUAAUUUGUGUCUUGCUAAAUGUUAUCAUUUUGUGACAAAUGCUUUUCGGUCAUCUUAAAUCUGUAUUGUAUCUGAGUUUGUUUGAUAUGUUUUGUGAAGAUGUUGGAUCUCAGUUUGAAAGCACUGAGGUUUUUCCUUUUCAGUAUUUAUCAGUGAUAUGACAUCACUCAUACAGUAAUAUGGCAUCACUCACGCUGUGAUUUUGACAUACAGGCUUUGCUGAGAAACUACAAUGUUAAUCUUUCCUAUGAAACAUGAAUGUGGUGAUUUGUACUGAACACUAGGGCUUCUCUAUUGAAGGUCGUUCUCAAAUAUCGUGUUUACUAUGGACCUGCACAGAGUUUGCACAGGGGACACAGUCGUGUAGUCAUGGUGUCGUAUCCAGCCAGAUGGUUAGAUUCUCCAUGUUAGCCAUUCUAACCACCCCUGCCAUGAUUUUUGUGCCAAAUUUUGCGAUACAGUUUCCUUGGUAACCAGCGGGAAGUUUGUCUCUUAACGUGUUUGUGUGAAAGUUCAACAGCUUUAUAAAUUAAGAAUUUGCAGUAUUUACGACCAUUUAAAUUCAUCUGGACUUUGAAGAGGAAAGAAUGGGAUGCAUGGAGUUAGACAGGGGGAGUGUGUCUCUCCUCCUGGGUGAGGGUGACCUGUGUGCUGCUGCUCAGGUCUGUCAGCUUGCUGAAGUCUGUUCUUUUAUACUCUGUACAUUUCUGCCUCAAAUUUGCAGUAAAUAUUGAGUUUGCCUAAAGUUUCU